AUGGCUCGCGAGCCGAUUUGACUGGCUCCUGCUUUCCGGAACUUCCUGGGCUGUGAGCCUGCAGAUGGCGUGCUCUGGAGCUGGAUCAGCUGCACGCGGAUAUCAAAGAAAAUGGCCAAGAAUAAAUUAAGAGGGCAGAAGUCCAAGAACGUAUUUCACAUAGCCAGCCAAAAAAACUUUAAGUCCAAAAACAAAGCAAAACCAGUUACUACUAAUCUUAAGAAGAUAAACAUUGUGAAUGAUGAAAAAGUACGCAGAAUGAAUAAAGCUUUUGUAAACAUUCAGAAGGAACUUGCACACUUCUCUAAAAGGCUGACUCUUGAACCUCGUAAGAAAGAGCUGAUUAAUCAACCCCAUCAUGAAAACGAACCAGUUAAUGUUGAUGAAGCUACAAAUUUAAUGGCUCAAUUGUAAUAUGGUGGAGAGAUGUAUCAAAUUAAAAAACAAAUUCAACGAAAUACGUAUUUUAUACAACUUUAUUUAAAAAAAAUCUUGUUAAUGUACA